UACCCACCCACUCCGCUGCACAAAAACUCAGAAGGUCAAAAGCAAGGCUGGGAUGGGGUGGUGGCGCUGAAGUGAGGCCAUCUGUAUGAAUUCUUUCCGAUGGUAUCUCAUGCCCCCCACUGUCCCAAGCUGGUUGACGAUGGACCACAUCCUAAUCGGAUCAAACAGAAGAAAUAGAUUCCCCGAACCCCUCCUCCCCACCCUCCCUUUUUCCUCCUCUUCUUUCCUCGGGGUUUGGUGACUCCAGUGGCUGACAAACCCUCCUUUCAGACAAAGGGAGCAAAGGAUGUCCUGCUAGUCUUCCACAAGUCCCAAGCUUUGUGAUCUUCCAGGUUUGGAGAAGCUAGAAAUUAGGGUUUUGCAAUUGUGAGGAGUAAGGGCUGGUUCUGCACUCAGAAUCGUUGGCCUUUCUUGUCCCCAAGAGAACGGUGGAAGAACCGCUUGUGGUUGUUAAUCGAAACCCUAAUAGUAUAGGAGAAGAUGCGCCGAGUUCGGGUCUCAUCCCAUCAAACCCCUGUGCACAAGCUUGGGGAUUCCCAGAUGAAACUGUCACCCAAGUUCAGAUUGGCCAUGACCCCAUCACCUCCACCCUACCAUUCUCCUCCAGCAUCGGUGGAACCAGCAGCAGCCAUGGAGUCAACCGCCCUCAUCCCUGGCCUUCCCGAUGACAUUGCACUUAACUGCCUCCUCAGGCUGCCCGUUAGCAGCCAUGUAUCCUGCCGACUUGUCUGCCGGCGGUGGCACCAGCUGCUUGCCAACAAGGAGUGCUUCUUUAGCCAGAGGAAGGCUCUUGGUUUCCAUGACCCUUGGCUCUUCACCUUGGCCUUCCACAGGUGCACUGGGAGGAUCCAAUGGCAGGUCCUGGACCUCACCCACCUGUCUUGGCACACCAUUCCGGCCAUGCCCUGCAGGGAGCGUGUGUGCCCUCGUGGAUUCGGCUGUAUUGCAAUUCCUCCAGAUGGCACGCUCCUUGUCUGUGGUGGGUUGGUCUCUGACAUGGACUGCCCUCUCCACCUGGUACUGAAGUAUGAGAUAUACAAAAAUCGUUGGACAGUCAUGAGUAGAAUGCUUGCAGCAAGAUCUUUCUUUGCCGGUGGAGUGAUCGAUGGCCGAGUCUAUGUCGCCGGAGGAUAUAGUACAGACCAGUUUGAGCUUGACUCGGCAGAGGUUCUAGAUCCUGUUAAGGGGACUUGGCAGCCCGUGGCAAGCAUGGGCAUUAACAUGGCCGCGUAUGAUUCUGCUGUACUCAACGGGCGGCUUUAUGUGACCGAAGGUUGUGUGUGGCCAUUCUUGUCCUCCCCGAGAGGUCAGGUCUAUGACCCAGAAGCCAACAAUUGGGAGCCCAUGGCUGUUGGGAUGCGAGAAGGCUGGACAGGUUCAGGUGUCGUCAUCUAUGGUCAUCUGUUUGUGAUAUCCGAGUACGAGAGGAUGAGGUUGAAGGUGCACGAUGUGGAGUCCGAUUCAUGGGACACCGUUGAGGGUUCGUCCAUGCCUGAACGAAUCCACAAACCUUUCUCUGUCACUUCUGUUGGUUCGAAGAUCGUUGUUGUAGGUCGAGGUCUUCAUGUUGCUAUUGGGCAAGUAGAGAACAAGGGUUACUGCAAUUCUGAUGGGCAAAUGAAGAAGCAGAAAUUUUCCAUUCAAUGGCAAGAAGUUGAUGUGCCACCAGAAUUCUGUGACUUGACACCCUCCAGUGCUCGGAUUUUGUAUGCUUGAUUGUCCGUGCUAUAAGGUAAAUGUACUACUUUCUAUGUCGAAUAAGUCACUGAAGGAUUAGAGUCACUGAAGGGCUUCUAAAUGCGUUGUAAACUAGUGUUGGAAUUGUGUAGUAGAUCUGUACAGCAGACCUAGUAAUUUGUUUUUCGUUCAUACAGCAGCGACCAUCGGUGAAUAUGAUGUGCCUCCUUGUAAUGGUGAUUUGUGGUCGUUGUGAAGGAAUGUCUUUGAAUGUCAAGUUACUAGUUUGUAGCUUGUUCGUGAUUUAGAUAAGUUGUCAACCAAUCUUGUAUACAAUCUUUUGUCUGCUA